UUAUUAACUCGCAAGUAAACUUUUUAAAGUAUCGUACAUUUAUUCUGUUCUAAUGUUUAUUUUGUUAUACUGUUUACGAAUUUUAAACUUGAGUAUUGAAAUUAAUUUUCUAACUAUAAACUGAUGGGUACAUGUGUACCUAAGACUAAUACCAACUAUGUUGAAACUGAAAUUAUUUCAUAUAUUCUUAUAUAAAAUUAAUAUGUUUCUCACCAAUAUCAGCACGAUUUUCAAGACGGAAAAGGUAACACAGUUAAAAGAGCAGUCGAGCAAUAUGUCUGUUAUACUAGAAUCUUUGGAUUUGGAAAGGGAGUAUACUCCAAGCAUGUGGUCAGAAAGGUUCGCCACCUCUCAAGAAGUGCUCCAGCAUCACGUACAGCAUGUAACUGAAGCCAGCGAGGUUGCUACAAACAAAAUUCCUCAUAAACUGGAAAUUGAAUAUGGAUCUACAAAUGGACAGAAACUAGACAUUCUCGGUACAGAUCUUCCAGAUGAUUCACCAAUACUUGUAUACGUGCACGGGGGGUAUUGGCAGGAGAUGUCACGAGAAAUAUCAAGAUAUCCAGCAUUGCCUCUAUAUCGGUCUAAGAUCAAGACCAUUGUAGUGGGAUACGACCUCUGUCCGACCGCAACACUGGCAGAAAUUGUCAAUCAGAUCCUGUCAGCUGCCAAAUUUGUGUUCGAAUAUGCUGAAAAAAUGGAUAGCAGGGGAGUAUACUUCGCUGGACACUCAGCCGGGGCGCAUCUUGUAGCAAAACUCCUAUCCAACGGUGACUUCCUUGAGAGUACCGUGGGAUCCUCCCGUCUUCGUGGGGCGUUCCUCGUGUCUGGUGUAUACGACCUUCGAGAACUUACCCACACUACUGUUAAUGACGCCGUCCAGCUGCCAAACGAAUGGGCCAUCCCUCUUUCACCACAGUUUGAUUCUUACACGCAUUUGCAAGAAAGAAAAGUACGGAUAUACAUUUUGGCGGGACAAAAUGACAGUCCCACAUUCAAAAGACAAUCCAGAGAGUUUUACGAACUGCUGCACAACACAUGCCUAAUGCAAAAUAUGUAUUUGGAAAUAAAAGACAAUAUGGACCAUUUUGACAUUGUAGAAUGUUUCGCGAAUGACGAUAAUUUUCUUAAGAAUUUGUUGGUGCAUGACAUACGGAAGCAUCUGUGAAUUUGUUCAAGUUACCUGACGACUGCCCAAGCAUGUUUGAUGACAUUAAAUUUAUAAGUAACUUGUAGAAGCGCUAGAUAUGUUUUGUGUUCUUAAAAAUGUAUGUGCAUAUUGCAAUAAUAUUAUUUACAACCAACUUCAAAAAGAAGGAGGUUCUCAAUUCGUUUGUAUUAUUUUUAUAUUGGUUACCGUUAUUUGUAACUCCGUCAAUUGUAAACCGAUUUGAAAAAAUAACAAUUUUUUAAAGGUUAUACCUUACAGAAUGGUCCAAUAAAAGUUUUACCAAAAUCGGCUCGGUAGUCUAGUUUUGAAAUCUAAAUAAUUGAUUUUACCACAAUUGUAGUCGAUUUUUUUUUGUGGAACACAGUCUUAAUUAUAAAAUGUAUUUAUCUUCAAAUAGUACCGUCCAUAGUAUAAAUAGGUUAUAAGUGCAUAUUGAAAUAUAAUUUAAUACAUCAUUAUCAUAAUAUCAUAGGUGUCUUUGAACAAAAAAGUUUACUUUAAGAAUUUUUAAAAUACCUUCUAUAAUAUAAUAAUAAUAAUGUCGUUAAUUGUCCUAAUAAAUUUAAUUUUAAGAAUAUACAAUUUUCUGAUUUAAUUAAUUAUUAUUAUAAUGCGAUGUUCACAAUGCUAUUUUAGGUUGUUUGUUCUAGCUAUUAAGGAAUGGUCGCAAUUAAGGACCUGUUUACAAAAGGACGCGCUUCAAUUAAAACUUUUCCUAUAUACACCUGUACAUAUUGGUAUAAUAAAUUACCAUGCAUACUUAUAUAAAAAUUCUACAAUAAAAACGCAAGUAAAUCUACAAAAACAUCUAUUAAUGUGAAUGGUUCUGAAUGGUGCUCUUGACUAUAUAUUAAUUCCCAUUUAUAAUCAUAAUUUCCAAGUUUAACUAAUGUUAAAACUAACCAUAUGGUUUCUAUUAUAAUCUACACUAUCAUGUUUAGGUACGCUAAACAGGCUUUCGAGGAUUUCCACGCUUGGCAGGCGGGUUGACAGUCGUAGUUAGGCUUUGGUAAUGUUUAAAGAGCGGCACUGCUACCCCUCCCUCUACCAUUCAGUUCCCUUAGUCCUCCCUUACAGCAUUCUUACAAAAGAAAGAGGAGUUUUAUUCAAUGCUGGGAUCACACAGCCAAACCAAAGUACAAUUGAAUUAAAAAUUUAUAUUUUGCAUUCAAAUUCUAAAGACUGAUAUUACUCAUGGUUGUAAAAAUUAAAAUGGCAAUUAUUUUUUAAUAUUUUUAUUAUAAUGUUGUCUUUUAACGUUUUCUAUAUUUUAUAUUAUAAUCUUAUGAGAAAUAUAUAAAUAUAGUAUGAG